AUGCCCGGAAGUCUCCGCCGACCCUCCGCCGAAUCCCCGAAAGUCUCCGCCGACUCUCCGCCGAAUCCCCUAAAGUCUCCGCCGACCCUCCGCCGAAUGCCCGGAAGUCUCCGCCGACCCUCCGCCGAAUGCCCGGAAGUCUCCGCCGACCCUCCGCCGAAUCCCCGAAAGUCUCCGCCGAAUCCCCGAAAGUCUCCGCCGACCCUCCGCCGAAUCUCUGAAAGUCUCCGCCGACCCUCCGCCGAAUCUCUGAAAGUCUCCGCCGACCCUCCGCCGAAUCCCCGAAAGUCUCCGCCGACCCUCCGCCGAAUCUCUGAAAGUCUCCGCCGACCCUCCGCCGAAUGCCCUAAAGUCUCCGUCGACCCUCCGCCGAAUCCCCGAAAGUUUCCGCCGACCCUCCGCCGAAUUUAUUUAUUUUUUAAAAGAGGGGACCUGUUCGAUGCGGGGACCUGA